GGGCCUACAAAGAGCGGGGUAAAACGCCUCUUUAUAAAAGCCGGCGUUAUUCCCAUUGCUGAUCACAGACCUGCAGCGAAGCGACAGAACAAGCGAAUCGACAUGGUGUCCUGCAAGUCCCUCCUCGUACUUCUUGUGAUCCUAGCAGCCUUGUGCAGCCUCGUCGCCACCGAGUUCAGCAACGGAGGCUACGACCGUGGAUUCGGACGCUACGGAGGUUACGGCUAUGGAUACGGCGGUUACAGAGGUUAUGGGCGUGGAUUCGGAGGCUACGGAGACUAUGACCCUUGGUUCGGAGGCUACGGGAGCUACGGCCCUAUUUUCGGAGGCUACAGAGGUUACGGCCACGGAUUCGGAAGCUACGGAGGCUAUGGCCGUGGAUACGGUGGCUAUGGAGAUUACGGACGCUACGGAGGAUACGGAGGCUACGGAGUCUUUGAUCGUGGAUUCUACGUUUGAGCCAAGCAUUCGACGGCAAUGACAAAGUGAUAGUGUCCUCAACAGUCUACUGAAAUAUAUAAAAAAAAGAAAUAAAAAAGAAAUAAAAAAAAUAUUGCCUUA